AUGGAGGAAAAACGCACCGGAACCCCUCCACCGGCGGUUCCAGCUGCUGAGCCUUCGGCCUCAGAUGCGCCUUCGACCGCGAGGCGUAGAGGUGGAAACCAAAAGAGAAAGGCAAGUUCUCUCAGUGGCGGAAACAAUUCGGCUCCUCAAUCGACGAAGCGGCAGGCUCGUGAGAAGCUGCCGCCGGUACCGUUCCCUCCGAUCCAUAAUGGUCCGUUAACUAGAGCGCGACAGCAGCCGAAUAACAGCGUCGCCGCUGCUAGUUCGCCUUUGUCUUCAGAUGUGAAGAGUGAAUUGGAAGAGGCGGCUUUGGCACAGGCCGGAGGGGGAGAGAUUCUCAGCUCAGACCAGGCGAAUGAGGUGGGAAAUGAGGAUUGGGAAGCUCUGGAAGCGAGAAUUGAAGCUGAUUGUGAAGCUAUCAGAUCACGAGAUUCCAAUGUGCACGUGGUGCCCAAUCAUGCUGGUUGGUUUUCUUGGACAAAAACUCAUCCAUUGGAGGAGAAAAUGUUGUCAUCUUUCUUUAAUGGGAAAUCAGAAAGUAGGACGCCUGAAAUAUAUAUGGAGAUUCGUAAUUGGAUUAUGAAAAAGUUCCAUCAUAAUCCGAAUGCAAAGAUCGAGUUGAAAGAUUUGUCAGAAAUAACGGUAGGUGAAUCGAAUGCAAGACAAGAGGUGAUGGAGUUUUUGGACUACUGGGGCUUAAUUAAUUACCACCCAUUUCCAGAAACUGAUGUCAGUUCUAAAAGUAUUGAUGGUGCUUCUGAUGAAGCAACACAAGCCAAGUCUUUGGUGGAAACUUUGUUCCGCUUUGAGUCAGAGCAAUCGUGUGUUACGGUUGCACCUAGGAGUAGUGUGUCGACACCAUCGGUGCCCACUGGUUUUUUUCCUGAAUCUUCUAUUGCUGAAGAAUUGGUGAAGUCAGAGGGCCCUGGAGUGGAGUACCAUUGUAAUUCUUGCUCAGCUGAUUGCUCUCGCAAGCGUUAUCAUUGCCAGAAGCAGGCAGAUUUUGAUUUAUGCAAUGAAUGUUUCAACAGCGGGAAGUUUAAGGCACUUACUGAAGCAUUUGAAGCUGUUGGUUCUCUCCCUUUACCUGGUGAACGCCUUUCAUUUGCUGAUGCUGGCAAUCCUGCGAUGACCCUGGCAGCAUUCCUGGUGAGAUUGCUGGAACCUAAUAUCGCCACUGCCUCUGCUCGUAGUUCUUUAAAAUCCAUUUCGAGCCAUCAUUCUGGUGACCGGCUGGCACUGAGGCACUGCUUUUGUUUGGAAGAUCCACCUGCUGACAAAAAGUCAACGUGCACAGAAAGGGUUGACACUGAAAUAGUUGCGGAAGACACUCUACAAAGUGAAGAGCAAAAUGCUGAAAAGCAAGAGGAGAAUGAUGCUCCAGUCGUUGAUGCUAACCAUGGAUCAAACAACAUUGACUGUGGAAGUGGUGAGGGUAAUGUCCAGGAAAAGGGGGAAACUUUGUCUUCUUCAGGGGUCGCAUCUGCAGAUGAGUCUGCUUCAACCAAGGAAUUGAAUGAAAUGGCUAAUGAGGAACCUGGGCCUAUCCAAAUCAGUGAAUCAAAGGAUCCAGAUUCGCCAAAGAAAGUUGCAUCUGUUGCUCAACAAAAAUCAGAUGAUCUAGCAAUGGAUGUGGAAGUUCCUCCUGGUUUUGAGAAGGAGCCAGAUAGUACUGUGGUAUCUGGUGAACCUUCUGAAUCUACUGAGGUUCCGAAAGAUAAGGAGAUGUUACCUAAUUUAGAAGUUAAUGAUCCUGCGAAACCAGAACAAUUGAAAGAUCUUAUUCAUGGCAAAUGUCUUAUUCAUGGCGAAUGGUUCGAAAUGAGGUCAAAGCUGAUCGAAAAGGGCAUCUUUGAAGCUGAGAACUCACUGGAAGUGUCUCUCAGAGAAUCUUUUGAAGCGUUUGAACCCCAAUUGAGGCCACCUUUUUGCUUGAAAAUCCCUUCUGAAGAAGAGUAUGUAAAUCUGAACAAGGCCAUUCUUUUUGCAAUUUUAUGUGAACCCCAGUUGGCCGAGGUUCAUAUAAAGCAUUUACAUGGUCUCAUCACCGAUGGGUAUGCUUAUUUUACUUCCUUGGUUAUUAAGGUUGUGAAUGAUUUGUAUCCCAAGCUCGUCGAUUCUGUCAGGGUGCAGGUGAUUUGGGUAGUGAAGGAGAUGGUGGAUGUGUUAGCUGUAGGGUUUGAUGGUUUGUUGAUGGCUCUUUUGAGACAAAUUAUUGGUGGUGAUUUUAGUGAAGGGAAUUUGUGGUUGUGUUAUGAGAUGGCUUGCGUGUUUUCGGAUGAUUGGGAUUGUUUUUUCGAGGAAGAUGAUGAACCCUUGGUUCUGUCUUGUGCAUUGUAUGUGUUCCUUCGGUUAUUGGCCGAUCACUGUAGGUUGUCUCAUGAAGCUAAAAUUGAGGCCUUGAAGAGGAUGGAAAUUCAGUUUUGUCUUAGGAUGUUUCAGGAGAAGUUUGGUUUGUGUUUAAAGAUUGGGAGGGAUCUUGUACGGCUUUUACAGGACUUGGUUCAUGUUCCAGAGUUUCGGGGUAUUCUGAAAGACUUGGUCUUGAAUCCUGCUGUGUUUCAGGCUCCAGGAUUUAUCGAUAUUUCGCAGCUCUACCUUACAAGGACUUCCAGUAAAUACUUUCUGCUUCGGAUCACUCCCGAAAUGGAAAACCAGUUGAGGUUCUUGCUCACGCAUGUCAAGCUAGGUAAUCAACUGCGUUACCAAGUUUGGUUUGGAAGGAAGUUCUUUGGUUUUCCUGGGAAGGAAACUAUUCUAGUAGACAUUGUUAGGUUUAUUUGCUGCUGUCAUCAUCCCACAAAUGACAUUAUUGGGUCAGACAUCAUUCCCAGAUGGGCGGUAAUUGGUUGGUUGCUGAAAGCUUCUUAUCAGAGGAAUUAUGUUGAAGCUAAUGUUAAGCUAGCAUUGUUUUAUGAUUGGCUUUUCUUUGAUGAAAAGUUUGAUAAGAUAAUGAAUAUUGAGCCGGCAAUGUUGUUAAUGGUGCGUUCGAUCCCUAAAUACAUUGAUGUAACUUGUAAGCUUCUUGAAUUCCUCUUAAUUAUGGUGGAAAACUAUGACGUCGAUCGAAAAGAUAUAAUUCUCAAAGGAGUGUCUACAGCUUUGAGUUCACUAGUUGGAAAAGGUGUGGUUCAGUCACUCGAUUCUUUGAUCUCUUCCGACCUGAUUUCUCCCUUUCUCAAGCAAUGGUUCAUGAAAAUGUUUGGUAACAUUUUACCUCCAAGACUGUCUUGGCCUUCUGCAACUCUUGCAACUCUCCAGAACUCCCCUCAAGAGGCGGAGCAUAAGACUUGCGAAGGAAAACUUGCUAUGCCUGUCAAGCAAAGAUAG